CUGCAUGUCACUAUGCGGUAUAAGUGCAACCCUGCCUCAACCUGCCUCCUUAAAAGAGCACGACGCAUGAAUCUACUAACCUAGAUGAUUCUGCCCUUCCUAUCCCACUGUAGGUUUUGGUUAGAGAAGGUCGGGAGCAAGUUGUUGUGGUGGAGAAGCCGCCCGUCUGUCAUACUAGUAGCUACCACCGGUGGUAGUGAGAUAGACCCCGACAACCGCCUACCUGACCUUACAGGAUUCGUAUCCAAGGAGUCGCCUCAUCCAAUAGCGCACGGUAGUUUCGGGGAUGUGUGGAAAUGCACCUACAUCGCAUCCAAUCGUCGAGGCCUGGAGGUAGCAGUCAAAUCCAUCAGGAUCGAUGUCGCAGGCGACGAUUCCAGGGCCAGACUUACUCAAAGACUCCUGGACGAUUUCCAUGCACGGAAGCAAUUGCAUCACGAAAAUCUUUUGCCUCUGCUCGGCUUCAGUCACGAAUUUGGGCUACUUCCAGCGAUGGUUUCCCCCUGGAUACACAACGGCUCGCUCACCACAUAUCUUGAACACAAUUUCACAGAAUUGACCAUCGAACAAAAGCUCCGGAUCUUGCGGCAAGUCGCUGCAGCCAUCAGCUACCUCCACUCUAAGGGCGUUGUUCACGGCGACCUUACUGCCAAUAACAUUCUGAUAGAUUCGGAUCACAAUGCCCACGUAGCAGACCAUGGAAUCCUCACAAUGUGUUCUGAGCUCUCAGGGACUUCAUACAUCCGAAGCAACGUGCGGUGGGCUGCGCCAGAGCUCUUCGAGGUGCCCGAGAACGAAGAGUCAUCGACUCCUCCACAGCCAGCCAGCGAUAUUUAUUCCUUCGGAUGCAUCAUGCUUCAGGUUAUGACAGGUCGACCACCCUAUGCAGAUGUGCGAAGCGAUCAUCAAGUUACUGUCCUGAUACUCAAGGGUAAGAAGCCUACAAGACCUUCGAGUCCGCACGAUACAGAUUAUUUCUGGAAUUUCAUCGAGAAAUGCUGGAGUGAUACAGGACGUCGUCCCUCUGCCGUUGAUGUUCUGAGCUUUCUAGGAUCAGACCAUGCCACUGCGCUAGUUAAACCAUCAGAGAGCUGAUCGGCUUUAUUUUAUUUACGUUAAUUUAUGUCUAUAUAUUAUGUCAGUUUAUUAUUUAGUACAUAAAUAUUCCUAUUAUGUAAUCAGAUAAGUACUAACCUGCAGGCUCAAGGCAGCCUGGCAGCUUCUUG